AUGACCGGGGACAGCUGGAAGGCCAAAACAGAGGAAGAAGUCAAUGGAGUGUUUUUAGAGAAGGCUGUGGAUAAGGAAGAGGGAAAGCAGAGCCGGAAGGUGGAAGAGAAAAAAAAGAGGACGACUCUAUCCCCUGUUUUUCGGGAUGCUGCCACCUGUAAAUUCCCAGUUCUAGAAACCAAAUGCAACAGGAAAAGGAGCAGCCAGGGCCUGGCGUGCGGGGAAAGCUUCAGCUGCAAGUUGAGCCUCAACGCACAUUUGAAAACCCACAAAGAGGAGAAACCCUUUAAGUGUCCCGACUGUGGGAAAAGCUUCUCCCAGAGGAAAGGCCUGAUAAGGCAUGAGAGGAUUCACACAGGGGAGAAGCCCUACGCCUGCCUGGAAUGUGGGAAGAGCUUCUGUCAGAGCGCGGCCCUCAUCACCCACCAGCGCAUUCACACUGGGGAGAAGCCGUACACUUGCCUGGAGUGCGGAAAGAGUUUCUGCCAGAAGACCACACUGGUCCGCCACCAACGAAUCCACACGGGCGAGAAGCCCUACGCGUGCGGGGAGUGCGGGAAAAGUUUCAGCCAUCGGUCGCAACUGACGUCCCACCUGAGAGUCCACACAGGGGAGAGACCGUACAAAUGUUCGGAAUGCGGGAAGAGUUUCAGCCAGAACACAAACCUGACGUUGCACCAACGAACUCACACCGGGGAGAAACCCUUCCGGUGCCUGGAGUGCGGGAGGAGCUUUAGCCACAGCUCGACUCUAAUGGCCCAUCAGAGAACUCACACGGGAGAGAAGCCGUUCACCUGCUUGGACUGCGGGCAGAGUUUUGCCCAAAACGCCAGCCUUAUUUUCCAUCAAAGAACCCACACGGGGGAAAAACCCUACACGUGUCCAGACUGUGGUAAAAGUUUUAGCACCAGCACCAGCCUGACUUCGCACCGCCGGAUUCACACGGGCGAGAAGCCCUAUGUGUGUGCCGAGUGCGGGAAGAGCUUCUGCACGAGUACAAAUCUUGUCACCCAUCAAAGGAUCCACACAGGCGAAAAGCCAUUCAAAUGUUCUGAGUGUGGGGAGAACUUCCGUAAAAAAGCCCAUCUUCUGCGCCACCACCUGACGCACACCGGAGAGAAGCCGUACAAGUGCGUGGUGUGUGGGAAGAGAUUUAGUGAGAAAAGGAACCUUAAUUCACAUCAAAGGAUCCACUCGGCGUAUUGGAGUGAGGAUCCUCGCAGCAGCGGUUGGGGGCUCCCUUCCCUAAAUUCAGAUUGUCCUCCCAUUUCACAGGAUGAUGGUUCUUUCCAGAGCCAUUUGCAGCACAAAUCUAAUCCAGAAGGAAAUUUGGAGUGUUCUGCACUCCAUUUCUCAGUGAACAGAUGACAGGAUGCAGGGUGGGUGGGGCAGCUCCACCCUCCCUCCCCAGCUUAAUUUUUACGCUUGCACCUCAGCCCACCUGGUACAACCACAGGGUGGGCAGGGCUUAAUUUGGGCUUAUUUGGGGUGUGUAGGGCUUAUAUUAGGCACAGGUGGGAAAAUUGGUCUAGGGCUUGUUUUGGGGGUAGGUCGUAUAUUCGGAGAAACAUGGUAGAUUGCCAGUUUAAAUGUAAAAUAACAAAAUCGGCUUACGUUUCUGUUUUGGAUAAUGGAUCAUGUGAAUUGCUCUUCGUUCUUAUCCAUUUGGCCAGUGAAGGUUCCUCAAAAUACACUAACAGUAGAAGGAAAAAAAGUAGAGUACAAUACACUCAAAUCCAGGCAGUCCUCGGCUUACAACUAUUCGUUUACUGACCACUCAAAGUUGCGAUGGCACUAAAAACAGUGAUUUAUCAGUCCUCAGGCUUAGUGGCCCUGAAGGGUCCCCCUGUCACGUGGUCAAAAUUUAGGAGCUUGGCAACUGCUUGUAUAGGACUCACCAAGGUUUACAGCGGAGUUCCCCAAAUUUUCCAGGUUGGCAGCCCAGAGUGGGAUGAUUUGUGGGAGAGGGAGGCAAACACCUGUAGCUUGCGCAAGUGGGGCUGUGCAUGCACAUGUGAGUAGGGCUGCAAGCACCCGCAAUGACGCUUGUGCAAGUGGGGUGUGUGGGCACCCGUGAUGAUGUUUACGCGAGUGGCACCACAAGCGUUAGCGAUGAUGCUUGUGAGAGUGGGGCUGUGAGCGUCCCCAACGAUGCUUGCAUAAGUGGGACUGCGAGUACCUGCCAUGCUAGUGGCGAUGUCCAUGCAAAUGGGCUCCACUGUGUGAGUAGGGCUGUGUGUGCCCGCAAUGCUGCUUGUGCAAAUGGGGCGACAAAUGCAUGCGAUGAUGCUUGUGUGAGUGGGGCCAUGAGUACCCAUGAAGCUCGUGGCGACACUCGUGUGAAUGGGCUACGAGUGCCUGCGCGAGUGAGGCUGCAUGUGCCAGCAAUGACACUUGUGUGAGUGGAGCUGUAAGCGCCCCUGACGAGUGCAUGAGUGGGGCUGUAAGUAUCCACCAGUGAUGGGAUUCAGCCAGUUUGCACCUAUUCGGGAGAACCGGUUGGUAACUUUCUAAGUAGUUC